AUGCUCAUGUACUCCACCCCCGCGCUUUCUGCUCUGGCUCUAGGCCUGGUCCUGUGGGUCUUUGUCAGACGGGCAUUGUCCCCUGACCGUGACAUUCCCGGCCCUUUUCUGGCCCGCUUCACUCGAUUUUGGUAUAUCAGACAAAUGAUGAGAGGUGACUUCCAAUAUACCAAUAUCAGACUUCAUCGGGAGCAUGGCAAGAUUGUGCGGAUUGCACCGGGCUGGUACAGUCUCAAUGGUCUCGAUGCUCUCAAGACCAUAUAUGCCCACGGCUCCAAGUUUAUCAAGUCGGACUGGUACGAAGCUUGGAACUUUUCACCUGACCCGGAGGGCCAUAACCUCUUUUCCGUCCGAAACACGGCCGAUCACUCCAGCGCCCGUCGCAAGGUCGCAGCCAUGUAUGCCAUGUCUGCUGUAGUAUCGUACGAGCCCUAUGUGGAUAACUGUAUCCGGCGGUUGCGUGCGAAACUCGACUCCACUGCAAAGGACGGGUUGACUUUGGACCUAGGACACUGGCUUCAGUGCUUUGCUUUUGAUACCAUUAGCGAGAUUACGUACGGCGAGCGAUUCGGUUUCCUGGAUAAGGGCAAGGACAUCAAUAACUUGAUCUCCAACUUGGAUAACAGCUUCACCUUUAGCAGUCUGGUGGGCCUUCUCCUAUGGCUGCGGCCAUUGGCUCUUUUCCUCGGCAGCUUUUUCGCGAAGUCAGAUGCCUUGUACGUGGCUCGUUUCAACGCGCAGAAGUUCAUGGAGCUGUCACAGGAGUAUCUCAAAGAUCCAUCUCCUGAGGGGCUAAAGCCUAUGGUCCAAAGGCUUCUUCAUGCUCGGAAAGAGGACGUCAAAGGCCUGACAGAUAGGGAUAUUCAAACAAGCGCAGCAGCCAAUAUUGGUGCUGGGAGUGACACCACGGGAAUUGGUCUUAGCUCAGUGAUAUUCUACUCGUUUCGGUUCCCCGAGAAGCUGCAGAAGCUGCGACAAGAAAUUCAAGACGCUGGUCUAGGAAGCGAGCCUUCUUUCCAGGAUACUCAGAAAUUGCCGUAUCUGCAGGCUGUUAUCAAGGAGUCGAUGCGUCUGCAUCCGGGUGUUGGGUUUCCGCUUUUCCGUAUCGUGCCGAAGGGUGGUGCUGUUAUUUGUGGACGAUUCUUCCCGGAAGGUACGAAUGUCGGUGUGAAUAGCUGGGUCAUUCACCGGGAUGAGAGUAUCUGGGGCUCCGAUGUUGAUGACUUCGUGCCUGAGAGAUGGUUGACGGAUGACUCUGAAAAGCUCCGAAUGAUGGAACAGUGUCUCAUUCCUUUCGGAGUUGGAUCAAGGACUUGUAUCGGCAAGAAUAUCUCGCUGUAUGAGAUCAACAAGCUCAUCCCGCAGCUCGUUCGGGACUAUGACAUCGAUAUACAGCAGAAAGAUGGUACAGACAUGAGGUCAAAGAAUAUGUGGUUUGUCAAGCCUGUGCAAUUCAGAAUAAAGAUCAGGCAUAGGUCAGCUGGUUCUGAUGCAUGA